GUAUCCCGUCUUUCUAUUUCCGGCCCGGUCAUGGCAGCUGGACGCAGGAAGCAACUGUUUUCAGAAUAGAUAUAAAUAAUAAGGAGCAAACUCGAAACUACGUCGUUUUAAGACGGGUUUGCGGAUAUACCGUUGCUUUUUGCCUGCUUGAAACAUGGCUACGACAGCUCAAUUAUUCGAGGAGCCCUUUGAUGCUGAUGAGUAUAUUGAGAGACUGGCAUGGAGAACACCUGGAGGAGGUUCCAAAGGAGGUGCAGAGGCAUUUGACCCUAAGAAGUUGCUGGAAGAGUUUGUGAACCACAUUGAGGAGCUAAAACUUCUGGAUGAAAGAAUCCAGAGGAAGGUGGAGAAGUUAGAGCAGCAGUGCCACCGUGAAGCCAAGGAGUUUGCUCACAAGGUCCAAGACCUUCAAAGGAGCAACCAAGUAGCCUUCCAGCACUUCCAGGAGUUGGAUGAGCAUAUCAGUUAUGUGGCUACUAAGGUGUGUCAUCUGGGAGAUCAGCUAGAAGGAGUCAAUACCCCGAGACAGAGGGCAGUGGAGGCUCAGAGACUCAUGACAUACUUCAACGAGUUCCUGGAUGGAGAGCUGCGCAGUGAUGUCUUCAACAAUCCCGAAAAGAUAAAAGAAGCUGCAGACAUCAUUCAGAAGUUGCACUUGAUCGCUCAGGAGCUGCCAUUUGAUAGAUUUUCUGAUGUCAAAGCCAAGAUAGCAAGUAAAUAUCAUGACCUUGAGCGUCAGCUGAUUCAGGAGUUCACAGCAGCUCAGAGAAGAGGAGAGAUUGGACGCAUGCGUGAAGUAGCAGCAGUCCUGCUACAUUUUAAGGGGUAUGCCCACUGUGUGGAUGUCUACAUCAAGCAGUGUCAAGAGGGAGCAUACAUGCGGAAUGAUGUGUUUGAAGACAUUGCUAUUCUCUGUCAACGGGUUAAUAAGCAGGUUGGAGAAGUCUUCUGCAGUCCAGAAACAGUCAUGGCUAAACUCAUUCAAAGCAUCUUUGAGAAUAAGAUACAGGCUCAUGUGAAAGAAAGAUUAGAUGAGACGCGCAAUUCUGAUGUGGAGCAAUACCUCAAGAACCUUUAUGACCUCUACACACGGACAACGGCACUGGCUGCUAAACUCACAGACUACAACUUGGGCUCAGACAAGCACACAUUUCUAUCUAAGCUGAUAAAGAAUAUCUUCUCCUGUUAUCUGGAGAGCUACAUAGACAUGGAGCGGCAAUAUCUGCAGAACCGCAGCGGCAUGAUUCUUCAGCGCUAUUACGAUUCCAAGAACCACCAAAAACGACCUGUAGGCACUGGGAGUAUCCAGGAGCUAAAAGAGAGAAUCAGACAGCGCACUAACUUGCCUCUGGGACCCAGUAUUGACACACAUGGAGAGACAUUGCUCUCACAAGAAGUUGUGGUUAACCUUUUGCAAGAAACGAGGCAUGCCUUUGAGAGAUGCAACAAGUUGUCAGACCCAGCAGAUCUGCCAAAGAAUGCCUUCUCCAUUUUCCUGAUUUUGGUGGAGUACCUGUGUGUGGACCAUAUAGACUAUGCCCUUGAGAUUGGGCUGUCAGCCAUCCCAUCUGCAGAUGCCAAAAAUGCCAACCUCUACUUUCUGGAUGUGGUUCAGCAGGCCAACACAAUCUUUCACCUCUUUGAUAAGCAGUUUAACGAUCAUCUUAUGCCUCUUAUUAGCUCCUCUCCUAAGUUAACGGAGUGCUUGCAUAAGAAAAAAGAGGUGAUCGAACAGAUGGAAGUCAAGCUGGACACUGGGAUUGAUCGGACACUGAAUUGCAUGAUUGGCCAAAUGAAGUACAUCCUGACCACUGAACAAAAGAAAACUGACUUCAAGCCAGAAGAUGAGAACAAUGUCAUGAUACAGUACACUACAGCAUGCUCGAAGGUGUGCGCCUAUGUGGGCAAGCAGGUGGAGCGUGUGCGGAGGUCCAUGGAUGGUAAGAAUGUGGACACUGUUUUGACAGAGCUGGGAGUGCGCUUCCACAGGCUCAUCCAUGAGCACCUGCAGCAGUUCAGCUACAGCUCCAUGGGUGGCAUGCUGGCCAUCUGUGAUGUGGCAGAAUAUCGCCGCUCUGCCAAAGAUUUUCGGGUUCCACUGGUACUCCAACUCUUCGACACGCUUCACGCUCUCUGUAACCUCCUGGUCGUUGCACCAGACAACCUCAAACAGGUGUGCUCUGGAGAGCAGCUCACCAACCUGGACAGGAACCUCCUCCAUGCUUUCGUCCAGCUCAGAGUAGACUAUCGCUCAGCCCGACUCGGACGGCAUUUCAGCUAAUGACUGCCCAAUUCCCCAUCUACCACACUGCCGUCCAUUCAGAGCCGCAAGAAUCACAAGUGGCCAAUCUGGAGUGGCUUUUGAACUGUCUUUGUCUAUGAUUCAGUGUGGAAAUUAAACUUUGUGUUUAAAGAACAAAAGAGCGACACUUCUCAGAUUGCUCUGUUUUAAGUUACCCAUUUUGUUCAACAUGCACAUUUUAAUACAAGCAUUGUGUUUUAUCUGAAAUGUAUUUCUUUUAUUGUGAGAAGAAGAUACACCGUGGGAUUGAGAGGUGUUUUGUACAUUUCCCUAUGUUUUUGUCUUCUAAUAUAGAGAGGAUGAUGUUAGAUGAACUGAGGUCGACUACUUGAAUGGGUUUGGGUGGUCAAGAGACUCAAAUUAUUUACUUUGAUUUUUGUUGGUGCCAAAUUCAUCCUGUGUGGCUCUUCUGGGAUAAAAAAGGGGUUUGUCCAGCUCAUUUUACUCUUUUGUGCACACAGGUGCUUUACAGAGACGACAGUUACUGUUUGGAGCGGAACAAUGCAGGUGUUGCCAUGCUUUAGAAGAAACAUUUGUCCUUAAUUCAUUUCAUACAAAGGGAUAGUUCAGUCAAAAAUGACAAUUUUGUCAUCAUUUACUCACUACACUUGUUUCCUAGCUGAUUGAGAUGGUGUUGUCACAUUACCAGCUUUGAUUCCAACUGGUAGUGGAAAAUAAUGCCAGUCUUCCACUCUUCUCACUUUGGGUUUAUUUCCACAGUUGAACACAAAAGAAAAUAGAAAAACAUAUGAAACUGGCAGCCAUUGACUACCAAAGUACCUUUUUGUUUCCUACUAUGAAUGUCAGUGGCUGCCGCUUUUCAAUAUUGUUCAAAAUAUAUUUCAUUUGUGUUAAACUGUAGAAAAAGAAACUAAACCCACUUUUCCCACUGUCAGGUUUCAGUUGUAUUUCCACAUGAGCCUGGUAAGGCACGGCAUAAUAACCAACUGUUCUCGCCCUGGAAUUCUAGCCAGACAACUGUGCUAGUACACUGUAAAAAUGAUUAAUUGACCUUACUUUAAAAAGCGAGUAAACCUGUUGCCUUAUUUUUGCCAUUUUUAAGUAAAUGAGCUAUGAGCAUAGUUAGAAAAAAUAAGUUAAAUCAACUUAGCAGUUCCCAGUUACAAUGGGUUUACUCCCUUUUUUAAUUAAAGUAAAUAAUAAUUUUUUCACAGUGUAGGGCAGUGAUCUCAAACUCAAUUGCUUGUGAGCCACAGCUCUGCAGAUUUUAGCUCCAACCACCUCCAGUAGUCUUGAACGUCUUGAUUCAUAGGAUAAGCUGUAUUUGAUUAGGGUUGGAACAAAACUAUGCAGAGCUGUGGUCCUCCAGGAAUCGAGUGUGAUGUUGCCAGUCUCUCCAAAGCUGGCUAAGCAGAAGCACGCCAUUUUUUAUUUAUUUAUUUUUUUUCAUUUAACAAAGUAAAUAUCAGAAAAAAAAAGUCCAAAAGGAAGAAAUAUCUGUUGUCGUCCAUCUUGCUGUUUAAAUUGCACUUGCAUUACCAAGGCAAUAACUGGCGCAUUUGUAUUACAUUCCAAAGAGUUCCAUUAUCAGCACCACAGUGGGAAUUGAAACCGUAUCUUUGCUGACUGGACUGUCAUAGGAAGGAAUGGUUUCAUUCAUUUGGCAUGAUAAUGGAAAAGUGGCUUAAAGUCUGUGUGAAAUCAAAAUUUGCAAUGUUUGUUUUGCUAGCGCACAUUAAUGUUCUUUAGGUGAACAAAUUAUCCAUGCCAGUUAUUCAACAAAAAAAAUUUGUUGUGGUCAUCCUCAAACAAAGUCUGACCAUUUGCUUUUGUGUUUGGAUUGACGGUUCUUCUGUUGACGUCAAAUUUACAGCUUGAGCCAUAUUAUUCUUAACCACGCCCCUCUUACUGUUUGCUACAAGGGAAUGAUGUGCGAAGAGAAAUCCUUGCCCCUACUCAAUAUUCAGUUUCACGUGAACUACUAAAUGGAGUGGAGGGAGAGUAUAUGGAGAAUACAUUUUCAUUUGGUUGAACUAUCCCUUUAAGAACACGGUUUACAGUGAGUUUUAAACAUGACUACAUUAAUUUACUUUUACUAUUCAUGGUGUUUAAUACUUAAUUCUAAUAUAAAAAUGUUUAAGUUCUAUAUGAUUUACAAGCAAACCUGCUGAAUUUCCCCCCAGUGUACUCAAUGCUAAAAUAUAUCUUCAUUCAUGAACAUUUCAGAGGUUAUUAUUGCAUCCAUACUAACAGCCUGCUGCUCACUAAAAUAAAGUAAUAUUUGCAUACACACCUAUGGUGUUCACAUACAAAGAAUUGGCAUACAGCACAAUAUGAAGCAAGCAGCUUUGAGAGUUGUGCAAUGUUUUAAAGGGCUCAGGUCACACGAUGUGGGGGGUUUUCUUCUUUGUAAGCAUUGAUGCUCCUUGUAUUCUGACAUCUGGAUAGAUAUUCUGAAGCUCAGUGAUCUGAAAUGUUGGAGACAAAGCAUUUAACCAAGACACUUUCAUCUGACAGAGAUGUGCUGAAUGCAGUAUGUUCUGUGACUAAUUGAACUCUAACCCUUAUCCUCGGUUGAAGAGUCAGGGGUCAAGAUGUGUGACCUCUAGGCAUGACCUCGCUGUUUGACUGGUGGAAAGGAUUAAAUGGGCUGAUUCUUGAUUCUGUUAUACUGUAUGGAUUUCAAACAGGAAUUUGUCAAAACAAUGCUACAUAUGAGCUGAUUCAUCUGUGCAAGCUGCUCAUUAUAAUCCAUUAUUUCCCAAAAUAAAAUGUGUGAAACAAGGAA